AGAGGAGGGGUUGAAAGUUCUCACCGGCUGCUAUCUUCUCGGUCGUCCUCCUCCUCCUCCUCCUCUUCCUCGCCGCCGCGCCGUCAUCUUCCUCAGCCCCCCCGGAGCCCUACGACCUGCUGUACGACACCGCGGUGCGGGCGUUUUACAACAGCGACUACGCGGCCGUGGCGCGCCACAUGGAGGGCGCGCUGCGCGCCUGCAAGGAGGUGCGGAGCUCCAGGGUCCGGUGCCGGUUGAGGUGCCAGGACCAGCAUCCCUUUGACGCGACCUUCUCGGACCUGCGCUUCCCCGACGUGGUUCUGCGGAGAGCGGCGUGCAUGAACGCGUGCAUCGAGGAGAGAAUCGGCACUCAGUCCAUGCACAAAGUCGGCGAGGAUGUAGUGCAGGACUUCCAUCGCAGGAUCCCUUACAACUAUCUUCAACUGGCGUAUCGCAAGUUGGAGCAGCCUGACCAGGCGGCGGCGGCGGCUCACACUUAUUUCCAGGCAAACCCAGAACAUGUGGAGAUGGGCCAGAACCUGGAGCAGUACAAAGACCAGCCGGGUGUCGAGGAGGAGCACUUUGUGGACCGAGAAGCUCGGCCUCACCAGCGUUCCUUUGCAGCGGCGGUGGGUUUGUAUGAUGAAGGAGACCACAGAGGAGCCAUCGCCCUGUUUGAGGAGGCUUUGGUGCAGUACUAUGAAGCCGACUCCGAGUGCCGCGCCUUGUGUCAAUGGCCGCAGAGGUUCGACGGCCACGACCACCUGCGCUACCGUUACAGCCUCUAUGAAAUCAUAUCAGAUCACUUCACUCAGGUGCUGCACUGUGAACACGAGUGCGUUCGAGACCUCGCCACCCGGCCAGGCCGCCUCUCGCCGAUGGAGAACUACCUGCCUCAGCACUACGACUACCUUCAGUUUGCGUACUUCCACGAGGACCGGCUGGAGGAGGCGCUGCAGUGCUCCCUGACGUACCUGCUGUUCCACCAGGGAGAGGAGUCCAUGACGGACAACGUGCAUUACUACAGGGAGAUGCUGGGACAUGAUGGCCAGCCGAGAGAGGAAGCUGCUUGGUACCUGAGGAGGCACAAACAGGAACUGGAGCUCCUUCUGAUUGGCAGCGAAACCAUGGGAGUGGAAUUUACAGAAGGGAAUUACUGGAGCAGCACGGGCGGGAGAGAGGACUCCAACAGGAUUCCCUCGGGGACAGACGGCUGGAUGGAGUAUGUUCCCAUUUCAGAAAAGAAGAACGUCGUCGUUGCUGCUCAACAGCAACUCAAAGAAGGCGGCCCCUUGGUGUACGAAGACGUGCAGCUGGUGCAGAACUCCGCGGCGCUGAACGGGACCCAGCGGGUGCUGCUGGAUCGCGUCAUAUCCGAGGAGGAGUGUUCGGACCUCAGGCGCCUGGCUCACGCCGUCACCAUGGCGGGAGACGGUUACCGGGGGCGGAUGUCUCCACACACUCCUAAUGAGAAGUUCGAAGGGGCCACUGUGCUCAAAACCCUGCAGUUCGGGUAUGAGGGCAGAGUGCCGAUGGGGAGCGCCCGCCUGUUCUACGACGUCAGCGAGCGAGCGAGACGGGUCAUCGAGUCGUACUUCCUGCUCAACUCCACCCUGCACUUCUCCUACACGCACCUGGUGUGCCGGACAGCCAUCACAGGCCAGCAAGAUCACAGGAACGACCUGAGCCACCCGAUCCACGCCGACAACUGUCUGUUGGACCCCGAGGCCAACGAGUGCUGGAAGGAACCUCCCGCGUACACGUACAGAGACUUCAGUGCACUGUUAUAUCUAAAUGGAGAUUUUGAAGGAGGGGAGUUCAUAUUCACAGAAAUGGAUGCCAAAACCGUCACGGCAUCGGUGAAGCCCUUGUGCGGCCGGAUGGUGGGUUUCUCAAGCGGAGGGGAGAAUCCACACGGCGUGAAGGCCGUUACCAGCGGGCAGCGGUGUGCCGUCGCUCUGUGGUUCACCCUGGACCCGCUCUUCAGAGAACUGGAGAGGCUGCAGGCGGACGAGGUGAUCCAGGCGCUGGACACGCAGUCCGUGUGGGGGGGCGGAGGCCUCAACAUCAACCCCAAAGAUGAGCUGUAGAAGCUGAAGCAAAACGGCCGCAGUCCAAAUCCGCUUCAAUCGAAUCCUUCUGUAUUUUAACUAUUUAUUGAACCGACCUUUGGAUAAGAACUUUUUUUCGUACUGUUUGAGGUGCAAGAUUAAUGAUAUUGUCAGUUUUUGUGCUUUCAGUGGCGUUUUUUUGAAUGUUUCUCUACACACAAGUACUUGAGUUUAGCUUCUGUUCUUUGUGUUUCCCUCCCCGGACGGCUUCUAAAAGUCCAGCUCACUUAGUUUUGUUGCACCUGUUUCAUGGAAGACUGAUCGUAGCUGUAAUCUCACUCAACUGUGAAGAAUCCAGAGAGAAGAAUCGGUAGUUAACUUCUUCUUGCUGUUGCUUUGAGUUGUACUUGUUGUUGUCCUGGACAACGUGUCUGAUGGGUUUUGCUCAUAAACACUAAGUACAACUAUUAAAGAUGCUUUACUUUCAGUGGUCAGUAGUUCAAAAUAGUUCACAAGCGGUACUGUUACAUACUACAUGUUGUUACUGACUGUUUCACUCAUAUCACUCAUACAACCAGUUUUAAGAAAGAGAUACAUUCUAAUAUGAUGAAUAUUUAAUGAUCAUGCCCUCUUUCCUCCUCUGCGUGUCGGAGUUUUCGUCUUCUCUUCGGCGACUUGGUCCAGUUGUCCUUUUGUUGUUGGCGCAAUGAAUCAGUCCCCUCUUUCCUGGGCACACCGAGCAGAACAUACUGGUUAACAUGUUGCCUGACAUGCGAACACGCUGUUUAUGUGUUACUUUUAUUUAUGCAUUUUUUAAUAAUCGGCAGCUGCUGUCGUUACUGUCUGCAUUUUAUAUGGGGAAUUUUUUUUCAUAAAAGAGGUCAAUCAUUCCUGUUUCAAGGAAUACGUUUUUGUAUCUAUCUUUUAUUUCUUUAUAUUGGUGUUGAUGAUACAGGUGAUAGGCCGAGUCUUGCACUGUAAAUCCGAUGGAAAGAAACGGAAAAGAGAUGUUUUUCUUUCUUUUUUAUUUUAAUUAAAACUGCUAACCAGUACCGUCAUCCUGUCAUGUUAUGAGGUUGGCCACUUUUGUUUCACUGAUAUUUAAUUCUGAAAUGCUGUAACAUGCCAAUGUGUAUGUGUACGUGCCUAUUAAAAACGUGAAAUUUCACAUCUA